AUCCACAGUUUUCAUUGGUUGUGGGUAUAUUUGCAGAAUAUUAUAUAACUCGCUUUCUUUGCCCUUGCUUCGUUUUCAAGGUUUUAAAGAGUCAGUGACUUGCUGGAACAUAGAAAGUUUAAGCAAAUUUCGCUCGUUUUUGCUCUGCGGAAACCAGUUUCUGAUUUGGGUAACACAGUGAAGAGAAUAUGGGUAAUAUAUUCGGUUGUAUACAAGUUGACCAAUCCACAGUAGCCAUAAAGGAGAGAUUUGGCAAGUUUGAGGAAGUACUUGAGCCAGGGUGCCAUUGUCUGCCUUGGUUUUUUGGAAGUCAGCUAGCUGGCCAUCUCUCUCUUCGGUUGCAGCAAUUGGAUGUCCGAUGUGAGACCAAGACAAAGGAUAACGUAUUUGUCAAUGUUGUUGCAUCUAUUCAAUAUCGUGCCCUGGCAGACAAAGCUAACGAUGCUUUCUACAAGCUUAGCAACACAAGAUCCCAAAUCCAAGCCUAUGUUUUUGAUGUGAUCAGAGCUAGUGUUCCAAAGCUCAACCUGGAUGAUACAUUUGAGCAGAAAAAUGAAAUUGCCAAAGCUGUGGAAGAGGAACUUGAGAAGGCUAUGUCUGCAUAUGGGUAUGAGAUAGUUCAGACACUUAUUGUUGACAUAGAACCAGAUGAGCAUGUGAAACGGGCAAUGAAUGAAAUUAAUGCUGCUGCAAGAAUGAGGGUGGCGGCUAAUGAGAAGGCAGAAGCUGAAAAGAUUUUGCAAAUUAAGCGAGCUGAGGGUGAGGCUGAAUCUAAGUAUCUCUCAGGGCUGGGUAUUGCUCGUCAGCGUCAAGCAAUUGUGGAUGGCUUGAGAGACAGUGUUCUGGGCUUCUCUGUUAAUGUUCCGGGUACCACUGCAAAGGAUGUCAUGGACAUGGUCCUUGUCACUCAGUAUUUUGACACCAUGAAAGAAAUUGGUGCUGCUUCUAAAUCCUCUGCUGUGUUCAUUCCCCAUGGACCUGGUGCAGUCCGUGACGUUGCAACACAAAUUCGUGAUGGUCUUCUCCAGGCUUCUCAGCAGCACUAGUCGUGGUACUUUAACUAGAUUCUCUCCGUUCAUGUUGAUGUCUAAAGCAAGUUGUCCUCUCUCUUCCUUUCUCACUUUCUCUUUGGGUGGUCGUUACAAUGCUAAGUAUUCUUUGUUUUGCGGUUAGUUUUGCUUGUUCAUACACAGCUUCUGUUGAUUUGGGCAUUACAGAUUUGUGGUCAGCUUUCAUCAAUCUUGUGAUGUCUAAGACUUUAAGUCUAAAUGUGAGUAAACAACUGAAAACUGUUUUUUCAGACGUGUGAUAUAUGUUAGUUUUAUGGUAUAUAUAUAUAUACACACUCUUUAUUGUCAA